UCGUCUUAACUAUAACAGUAGCUACUCUAUUAGGUGCAGGUCUGUUUGUACAGUAUAUGCUAUUGCACAGUGAUGGCGACGGCGAUGGCCGAGAUCGAGCCCAUUAGUGUUCCAAGGUGGGCGGGGCUCGUUCACUGCAAAAAGCUGGGUGGAGCUCAAGACUGUACUAACUGUGCUGGAUGCAGUGACCACAUCACCACCAGCUAUAAAAGUCACUAUGAGGGCAAGAGACCAGCAGCCAGGAUGCCAUUGAGGCCUUCUUCCCUCACCAGGAAGCACAACCCUCAACCAAGACAUGUAUUCUUGCUCAGGAGAGCAGUGCCCAAUAAGCCUGUCUGCAAUGUAUGGACUAAGACUACUCCACCAACAAAAACUGUGGAGGAACCUAUAGCUACCGAGUCUUCAGUGGAUCUCACUAGGCCUAGUAAGACUCAGUUGACCAGUGCCAAGAGCUCCUACAAGAAUACCGAUGGUCACCUAAACUUCCAGAGCAUUCCAACACGGUUUGGUUCCAACAAGCUGAAGAUGGUACCAGCUAAGGGAAUCGUCCCAACGACUUGUGCGUUGACCACAGAUUCUAAAAUUGAUACUACUGAGCCAUUUCCCUCCAUACCCGAUGAGCCUCUCAAUAAGGCCAUCCAAGGUGGAAAAAGAAAGCUGAAUGCAUCAUACGUCCUCAACCAACACCUCAUAGGAUAUGAUGCUAUGAAAGACGUGAAGGCACGUGCGCAAGCUGGCAAGGAUGACCGCUUUUCAUUUUUGUCAAGAACCUCCAGAAAAAAGCAUGUUCCAACUCUCAAGUCCAACUUAUCAGGGAGCAGUAUAGCAGUGAGAAGUAACAAAAAGGCAGCUCCAAGAGUGGCCAAGGUGCACUGGAAUGAAGUGGUGGAAUCUUGCACUCCCAAGCCGACCUGGAUGUACCUAUAACAAUAGAUAAUAAUUAUACAUAACACUUGUGUGUAUUCAAUCACUAUCUU